AGCUAUCUGAGGCAGCAGCAGUUCCUCUGCGCUCUCCUCCUUCUGCAUACUGCACUCACUCACACACACGCACACACACUUACAAACAGAGGAGCCCGCUACAAACACAGAUACCGGACGCACAUUCACAUCCUCUUUUUCUUAGACGCACACAAACAUACACUGCAAGUUCAUUUUAAAGAGAUUUGCAUUUAGUCUUGAUUUUUUUAAUUUUCAGUCUUUUACAAAUUUCACAAAAACAUGCGGAGAGAUUCACUUUGCGUUUGUCUCCUGCUCACAGCGGGCUUGGUGUUGCAAACCAGCCAGGCUGCAGACUUUUCGGUUAACUCAUACCAGCGAUGGGAUGCUAGAGGACCCUACAAUCUGGGAGCUGAAUCUGGUAACCCUAAUUCAUGCCCCAUGAAACUUAGACCCUUGGGCCACUGUGGGAGCUCUGGGCCUGGGGCAGAGGAGGGGGAGGAUUGUCCCUACCAGCUCACCCUGCCUCCUCUCACCAUUCAGCUGCCCAAACAGUUUAGGCUGCUAGAGAAGACCAUGAAGGAGCUGCAGAACCUGAAGGAGGUGGUGAACAAGCUGAAAAGUGGAUGCCAGGAGAGCUGUGGGACACAGGGCAAUGACGCUUUUGGAUAUCACCGAACGGAACAAGGACAGACGCAAGCCUCCGUUCAAAUGGAUGCUGGAGAAGAAGCCAGACCGGACCUGAUGGCACAGGGAAUACAGGAAAGCCAAGAGGAGAGGGGAGACGGCGUGAUUCCUGGAGCAACUAGGGAUGAUGCUGGGCUGACACGAGGGACCUUUUUUGGGAAAAUGACCCCAAACCCAAGCACAAUGCAGGAGAUGCAGGUGAAGCUGAAUAGGAUGUCAGCCAGCCUGCGCAACGCCAGAAACCAAAUCUCCGCUCUGCAGGGGCGUUUGGAGGAGCUCAACCUGCUCAACAUGGACAACGUGCAGGCUAUGGUGGACAGACGGGUGGAGAACAUCACCGGGGUGGUGAACAAGCUCAGCUCCAACUGCAACACCCAAUGUGCAGUCCAGAACAGCCCCCAAUUUAUCUUAGCUCCUCGGGACUGCUCAGACUACAAUGUGCUGGAGGUGAGGAAGAACGGUGUUUAUCGCGUGACCCCUGACCCCCGUAAUGGGACAUUUGAGGUCUUCUGUGAAAUGGAGUCCUUUGGUGGUGGUUGGACUGUGAUACAGCAACGUCUCGAUGGAUCCGUCAGCUUUAACCGCACCUGGGCCGAGUAUAAGAAGGGGUUCGGAAACCUCGGAGGUGAGUUCUGGCUGGGCAGCGACUAUAUCCAUUUGCUGACAAAGGCCAAAGACAUGGUUCUGCGUAUAGAGUUGGAGGACUUCGAGGGAGUUCGGGAAUAUGCAAAGUAUGACCAGUUCUAUGUGGCUAAUGAGUACCUGCGCUACCGGCUCUCUAUCAGCGGAUACAGUGGGACAGCUGGCAAUGCCAUGAGUUUCAACAAGCACUUCAACCACGACCAGAAGUUCUUCUCCACACCAGACCGAGACAACGACAUGUACCCGUCUGGAAACUGUGGCGCCUACUACAGCUCCGGCUGGUGGUUCGACGCUUGCAUGUCCGCCAACCUAAAUGGGAAGUACUAUCACAAGAGGUACAAGGGAGUCCGGAACGGGAUCUUUUGGGGAACGUGGCACAACAUGUCUACAGAGUUCUACCCCACCAACUACAGACAGGCCUUUAAAACUGUCAAGAUGAUGAUACGGCCCAAAAACUAUGCUCCUUAAGAGGGACGAGUGAAUAUUUGCAAAUAUGGUCUGAUGUUUAAGACGAAGACAAACAAAAAAAUGGAGGAAAGUCUCUGUAAUGAUUCAUUUGUACACAUGUCCACAUGUAUCCAUGUACACAAAAAAAAAAGAGUUUGAACGCAGUGCUAACAAAAUUAUCGUGAAAAAUCUUAUUGUACAUUACAUUUUGCCCCAUAGGGAGUGUGGCCUUUAAAGUGAUGAAUUAAUGUGAUGAUGGGAGUGAAAGAAAACGAAUGAUCUAUGGAUAACGAUGGAGUAAAACACACAUGCGGCAGAAAGGCCAGCUUCCUACAGGGGCCAUGAUAUUACACAGAAGCUUGCCAUGAAUAAUUUUUCACUGGUCUCUGACAUUUUUCCACUUUUUGUGCUGCUGCCUCCUGCUAUAAACCCCGCUGAGAUACGGCGCAGCACACACCAGUAGUAAAAACUAAUGAGCUAUCAUUUUCUCCGCUGCAAAUGAUUUUAUAAUUAACAGCAACUGCUCAAGUGAGGUAGCUUAUUAUACACUUUUGUGCAUAAAAUUCCUCAUGAAAGACUUCACGCUGGGGGGUCAGACAAUUUCAUAAAUCUUUAGUGAAGAUCUGCAAAAAAAUGAAAAUUGGAUGUCAUUUAUUUUACACUGGGGUGGUUCUGUAAUGUAUCAUUAUCCUAGACAUUAAGCUUUCAAGAAAAAAGAAGCAUCCUGAUGUAUUCCUCUAGAGUGCUCCCCACAUUUGUUACAUCCUAUUAAUGAUGCUCUGCUAAAUUGUUUUUGACAGCUGUCAUCAAGCGGGACAUUAAACAAAUCCAGCUGUUUUCUCCAUCCCUGUCUCUGGAUACACAGCACAAUUAUUGAUGCCCUUCAACAGAUUUCAUCUGUAAAAAUCCUUCAUUCACCAUGUGUACAAUACCGCCAUCUAAAGUUAGGAAACUGUACAGCACUGUGUAAUCCAUUUUAUACAAAGAAAGGAGGAAGAUGGACUAAAGAAAUGUUUCAUUUGAAGGAUGUGUACAGUAUUUAUUUGACUUGGAGAGAUAUCAGAGCUUUUAUAUAAUAUGUGCUGUAAAUCUUGCAGUACAGUUUGAUUAUUCAUAGUAAAACACUGAUAAAUGAUGGAUAAGUGUGGGCAUUCUUAGAUAAAACCAACAUAUUUGAACACUUGUGUGUGGUGGGUUUUUUUUUUUUUCAUAAUAACCUGUCAUGUAAAAAAAAUCUACAUUUUUUAAUAAUAAAAGAUGAAUAGAGAAAAAAA